AUGGCCAAGACGGCACUCCCGCACUUUCAUGAUCAUCUGCUGCAGCCUGGUGCAGACACCAUUCCUCGGCAUGUCGAUGUCUCCAUCAACUGGGACAAGUGGGAGGAGCCCGAUGACGCCGACAUCAAUGUCCUCGAUCUGUACGCCUCGUCGUCGUCAAAGAUCUCUCCCGUCGACGACAGCUCGGCCGCCGAUACCUUUGCCGCUCACGACCUGGUCGUCCUAGAUCUUGCCUAUCCUUGGUGCUACCGCUGUGAGCGUAUGCAAAAGGCGCUCAAGCGCGUCGCCAAGAUGUUCCACAACAACGCCCGUCGCUACAAAAAGGUUCAUCGCCCGGCCUUUGUCUUUGCUGACGCCCGCGAGAACAUCCGCCUCCGCGCAGAGUAUGACGACUCGUGCCUCGGCGGCGGGUGCUCUAUCAACAUUGUCAAGGCCGGCGAGCCGGCUUCAGUGGUUGUGCCAACCGAGCCCAUCACCGCCGAGUCGCUCUACGCCGAGAUAGAGCGCUACGUCGGCCCACUGGUCGCCGACCUCCCCUCUGGUGCGCUCGACUCGGCCCCUGUUGCCGCCGCACUGGCAAAGGCCCUUGCCUCCUCGGCCAAGGCCGACAAGGGCCUCGUCGCCAUCUACAUCGAUGAGGAUGACGGGUCCGACCUCGCCGCCGAUGUCUACGACGCCGUCUUUGCCGUCGCCGCCCGCUACCGCAAGCACUUUAUGUGCGUCGUCCACCACGGCCGCCGCGGCGGUGGCGGGACCCACGUUGUAGCCUACCCCAAGCCGAGCCGCUUCGACGACGCCAUUGACGGUGGCCGUGCCGGCCUGACCGUCACGCUCACGCCAGACCUGAUCUCACUCGAUGCGCCGCGCGAGACGGAAGCCCGCCUCCUCGUCGCUGUCCAGCCAGUCCUUCAAGAGUACUCGUGGUCGCUGGUCGAGGCUGCCGCCGAUCUACCUGUCCCGUCCGGCCUCGUCUUUGUCAACAUCUCCGGUGCCGAGAUCAACCCCGACCGCGACGCGCAGGUCGCCCACUUGGCGAGCCUCGCCAAGCAUGUGGCUGCUCCGAUGCGUGGCUCGCUGGUGGUCAAGUACCUCGACCGCGGCCAGGCCUUUAUGCGCAACGUCUACGGUCUCGCCGAGGCCAACGAGAGCGUCGCCAUGGCCAUUCGCAACUCGUUUGCCGCUGACGCCUAUGUCUACGCUCGCGAAUUUCUCGAGCUCUCGCCGGACGACGGUGCAAUCUUUCCUGACGGCGACAGCGAGUUGGCCCAGAGCAUGCUUGCCUUUGCCCACGAGUGGGCGCGCGGCGAUGCCCGUCGCUUCUACACCUCGCGCGAGCUCUCCGAGUAUGAGCUUCAGCUCAACAGCGUGCCCGGCCACAUCAAGAUCCUCAACCAGGCCAUCAUGUGGGAUGUUGUCGACGCGCUCACCGAUCCCGACGGCAUUGUUGAGGAGGCCGUCGUCAUGGUCUACUCGCCAUGGCACUCGGGUGCCGAGUAUGCCCACAAUGUUCUCGAUCGCAUCCACGACGCCAUUGUGCUCGAGGGCUCGCUCGAAGGCCGUCUACUGGUCGGCUCGUACGAUACCUCGGAGAACGUGUGGGACGACUCCACGUUCCCUGGCCUGGACGAGUCUGGCGACGCGCCUGUGGUCUACCUCUACUCGCGGAGCGAUGACGGCCUAGCCAUCGAGGCGCUUUUGGGCAAAGAGACCAAGAUCACAGCCCGCUCGCUCUGGGCCUGGCUCCGGACCUCGUCGGCCACUAUCGGCGAGCGGUGGCAAGAGCUGGUCGCUGCCCGCAAGGCCAUUGUCGCUGCCCAGCGUGAGGCCAGGCUCGAGCUUGCCAAGACCAUUGCGUCCGCACCCAAGGUCGAGCUUGCGCCGCUCGACGGCACACCGGCGCCAGAGACGCCGGCUUACAAGCAAGUCCUGAGUGCGGCUGGGAGCGACGCCCCCGUCCCGCCGCCUGGUGCCAAGGUCGCAGUCCGCUACGAGAUGCGCUACGGCGACGAGAGCAACGUCGUCAUCGAGUCGGUAGCGAUGCGGCGCACCGUUCCGCCGCGCUUGUUUGAGCUGGGCCAGGGCCAGCAGCUGCAGUGCAUCGACGUCGCGGUCGCCACCAUGGCCGCCGGCGAACGGGCGUGGGUCUGGUGCCCGCCAGAGCUCGCCUACGGCUCGGCUGGCUCCGACGACGGGCGCGUCCCGCCCAACACGCCGCUCGCCUUUGACAUCGAGCUUGUCUCGUUCACUGAGCCGCCCGCCCGGUCUCCGUCCUCUCCUCCUCGCCCGGCCGGUGAGCCCGAGUCGGUGCCGCGGUCCGGCUCUGUCGUCCGGGACGAGCUUUAGACGUUGAACCACUUGGCCCACUCGGGCAGGAGGCUCGCGGGCGACUGUGCGUGUGUGGCUGCGGUGACAACCCGGAACUCGAACGGCGCGUUGCCGAGGAGUACAUCGCGGUCGGUGACCCACGAGAAGAGCCCGUCGCCGGCAAACUCGGCGAGUGGGUUGAUCUCGCACACAAGCACCUCCCACCGCUCGGGCGCGUCGAACAGGCCCGCGCGGUCUCUGCUCGGCUCAAAGUCGGGGAGCGUCACGAUGAGAUCGACGACAAACGAGUCGAG